AUGCAUUCGAACCCGGAGUCCCCCGAGGGAUUGGCUCGCUCUGAUUGCCGACGUGGCAGCUCGGCCGUCCGUCGUGGCUCCCAGUCACCGACUGCUCGGAAAGCUUUGGAAGACAAGGCCGAGGCUGUCCGUGAUGCGUGCAAGUGGAAGGACAUCGCAAGACUCAGGUCCCUUGCAGAGUCCACAGGCGGGCUCCUCAACGAUGAGCUACGAAGAUCAGCCUGGCCUAUAUUACUUGGGCUCCCGCCGGAUCUUCUAAAUGAUCAAGAAGCCGUGACAGAUUGGGCACAACUGACACCCCAUCGUGAUGAAGAUCAAGUGCAACUUGAUGUCAACAGGUCCUUCAUAUACUACCCAAAUGACAAGUCAGAAGCACAACUCGAAAAAUGCAAGUCCGAGCUCUUGGCCCUUAUCGUUGAGGUACUACGUCGUCACCCGUAUCUCUGCUACUUCCAGGGAUUUCAUGACAUCUGCCAAGUAUUUCUGUUAGUAUUACAGCCUGGGUGGCGGCCGCAUGUAGUUGCGAGGCUUUCGAUCCUCCGCAUCCGAGACUUUAUGCUUCCUAGCUUGGGACCAACCACAGCUCAAUUGCGCCUGAUUCCCGACUUGCUGGCUAAGGCUGAUAGCGAGCUGCGCAAGCACAUUGCCACGAUAGAACCAUUUUAUGCACUGGCAGGCACGUUGACCAUGUACGCUCACAACAUCGAGGCCUACAGCGACAUUGCACGGCUAUUCGACGUCUUUUUAGCUAGGGAGGCGGUUUUCCCCAUAUAUGUUUUUGCCCAGAUUAUCAUGGCCCGAAGGACAGAGAUCUUGGAUGUCGAGGAGCCAGACAUGUUGCAGGUGAUGCUUGCAAAAGUCCCGCCCAACAUGGACUUGGAUGCUCUGAUAACAAACGCCGUCAGCCUGUUCGAUCAGUUUCCGCCCGAGUCUUUACCUUCAUGGCGGCAGAUAUCGAAAUCAAGCACGCUAAAGACUGCUCGACACCUCGAGACAUGUGCAAAACAAUCCCUCGAGGAUGGCCGAGUCUUCUUCGAGGAUCAGGCCAAGGAAGUUCGAUGGGUUGAGUCACGGGAUAGAAUUUCGGCGGCAGUCUGGAGAUGCCGCCGGUCCAUCAAAGCCAUUGCAAUGACCACGGCUGUCGCCGCCUUUGCCUUCUAUCUCCGGAGAAAUCCAUCGGCAAUUCACUACGUCGUGUCUCUUUUCAACACGUUGAGUAAAGCUCAAGUUUAG